AUGACGAAGAUCCCCGCGUUCGGAGACAUCGGCAAGCAGGCCAAGGAGGUGCUGCAGGGCGGCAAGGAGGGCGUGUACCAGUUCGACAAGAAGGCUGCCUUCCUCGCCAAGACCGACUUCGGCGCGGACGUCAAGCUCACCAGCAUCCUCAAGGAUGACAAGCACACGGUCGACAUCAAGGCCUCCGGGUCGCCCAUGAAGGCCCUCGACGUCGACACGACCCUGAGCCUGCCUGCGGGCAAGGUCGCGAGCUCCCUGACGUACACAGGCCUCCCCGUCGCGGGCCUCAAGCUCGCGCUCGCGUCCCCGGUCCUCGCGUCCGGCGCCCUCUCGCUCGACCCCAAGCUCACGGUGGACUACUCCCGCCCGUACCUGACGUCAAAGCUGGCACUGCCCCUCGCCGCCACGCCCACCGUCGACCUCACCGCCUCGACCGGGCUCUCGGCCGACGUGUUCGCGGGCGUGUCGGCGUCGUACGACGUGGGCAAGUCGUCGCUGAAGAAGCUCGACGUCGGCGUCGGGUACAACGCCAAGAAGCUCUCCGUCGGCUUCCUGGUCUCGGACAAGAUGGGCACCGCCAAGGCGCUCGCGGCGAUGCCGCUCCUGCGCGACGAGGUCGUCGCGGUCGAGGGCACGUACGGGAUCAGGACCGGCGCGAUCGGGUACGCCAUCGGGUGGCAACACAAGGUCAACGGCGCGCUCUACAAGGCCAAGAUCGACCACGCCGGCAAGGCGUCGGUGCUGUACGAGGCCGAGAUGCGGCCGCAGACCAAGGUGUCGCUCGCGAUGGAGAUGAACGCGUUCACCGCGGGCCAGGCGCGCAUGGGCCUCGGACUCGACGUGAAGAACUAG